AUGAAGUUAUGGGAUGUUGUGGCUGUCUGUGUGGUGCUGCUCAACACGGUCUCCACCUCGCCCCUGCCCACCGGUAAGACGCCUCCCAAGGGGCUCCCUUCAGUGGUAGAGGGGCCUGAAGAUGAUCUCUCUCCCAUCAGCCUGCUGCCUCCCUAUGCUGUGCACAGUGACUCUAAUAUGCCAGAGGAUUAUCCAGAUCAGUUUGAUGAUGUAGUGGACUUUAUUCAAGCCACCAUUAAAAGACUGAGGAGGUCACCGGAUAAACAGACUCCGAUUUUUUCUAGGCGGGAGAGAAACCGGCAAAACGCAGCCACAAAUAUAGAGAGUUCCAGCAAAAAGGGGAGGAGAAAUCAAAAGGGAAAAAAUCGAGGAUGUGUCUUAACAGAAAUACAUUUAAACGUGACUGAUUUGGAUUUAGGAUAUGAAACCAAAGAAGAGCUAAUUUUCCGGUAUUGCAGUGGAUCUUGUGAUGCAGUCGAGACCACCUAUGACAAAAUUUUAAAAAACUUAACCAGAAAGAAAAAACUAGUCACUGACAAAGUGAGGCAAGCUUGUUGCAGACCCACAGCCUUUGAUGACGACCUGUCCUUUUUGGACGAUAACUUGGUUUACCACAUACUGAAAAAACAUUCCGCAAAAAGGUGUGGAUGCGUCUGA